AUGAAGAAAAUGGGAAAUCAGCUGUCACUUGCCCUUCUAUUGAAGAAUGACACGGUCUCUGAUUUGGAGGACCAGCCCCCACUGUCAAAACCCAACCGUCUCAUUCCAUCCUGGAGGAGUUCAUCAUUCACCUCCUGUGCGCACAAACUAGAUGAGAUUGCCUUCACCAUGUCAAAGAACAUGAAUGAAAUCAAGAGCGCCCACAAACUGCCCGACCGCAAUACCAAAGGGUUCCUUAGAAUUGAAAUUGAAUUCAGUCAAGUCCCUCAAAAGCUUCCCUCAGAUGCAUAUGAUGUUUCAUUCCUUGAAACUCUAUAA